AUGGCAUCUUCCACAUAUGUGAAUGAGAAUCGAUCUCACGACCAACAACAACAAGAACAGCAACAACAGGAAGAUUUUGAUGAUGAUGCUCAAGAUCAUGGCCCGACCACCACAUUCACCCAUACAACCUUUCACCCCGACCACAUCACCCUUUCAACUUUUCGCCGACUCUUGGGAUGCUAUUCGCACACAGUGCAGCAAGUACAUCGGAGCAAGGCCCUGGCGAAGGCCCAGACUGGAUCCAGAUCCAGGGCGAAAUCGGCCGCGGGGUCGUCUUUGGGUCGAAAAGGUGGGAAGAGGGUCCGUGUGUGGGGUGCGCUUUUACCGGGUUUUGAGAUUGAAGGGGGAGAUGAGGAGAUUCAGGAGCAGGUGGAUGCGUUUUGGGCGUUGGAUUGUUGGCGAUAUGUUGAGAUGCCGGGGGUUGUUGCGAAAUGGGUGCGUGAGGGUGGAUUGGAUGGGAAGAAGGAGGAUGGAGAGAGUGUCUUUGGGAAGGACGAGUUGGUUCGGGGCAUUGAGUGGAAGUUAAAACAUGGUGUCUAUCGCCCCACGCUCAUGGGCAUGGUCAAAUCCAAUUCCGACCACGUCGUGAGAAAAGCCAUCUCGACAGCUCUCACGGCUCUCCAGACCCUCCCGUCGACCAAAGAUCCCCUCUCAGACCCAGACGAAGCAUUCCCCAAGGACGGUCUCGAUGCCUUUGGACCCGUCCGUGGCGUUGGUGUAGCUACCGCUUCUUUAAUUCUGUCCAUCUUGACUGGUCCCGUUCCCGGCAGUCAAAGUUAUCCCAGUGGCAUGCGAGAAGUCCCCUUUUUCAGCGACGAUGUCUUUGUCUGGCUCUGUUUGGGGGAUUUUCCUGAACCUGCAGGGAAAGAAGGGAUAGAACAAGUCGAGGACGCUGACGAUGAUCGUCAUCCGUCGACUACUUCAUUACUGUCCGGCCUCCCCCGAUUCAAACGACCGAACAUCGAACUCAAGGCCAAGUAUAACAUGGCCGAGUAUCGUCAACUAUGGGAAUCAUGCUGGAGGUUGCAUGGGCGAUUGAAUCGCGCAGGCAAGGCAGAAGGGUCUUCUGCUGGGGAGAUGAUGAGGCAGGGGAUUUCUCAUCUGGAUAUUGAGAGAGUGGCGUUUGUGGUGCGCAAUAUUUCUGUUUCGGGAUUCUUUGGGGAGAAGCAGGUCGGUCCAGGUUCGAGUGGUGAUGGUGUUCUUUCAGGAGAUGAAUCUCAGGGACAGCGACAAAGACAGGGAAGGGUGGAAGAUGGUGAGACGAGGAGAGAAGUCCGGGACUUGCACACGGAGCAGAUGAAUGAAGGUGAGCAGAGGCUGACUCGGUCGAAGAGGGCUGUGACUGGGACUGAGACUGGGGAUGGGAGGAGAAGCUCAAAGAGGGUGAAGAGCAGAUGA